GGGCAUUACCCUCCUGCAUUCAACAUCCCACCUUUCUUUGAAAGAGACUUCGGUGAUGUAUGUAUACCUCAGACCAUGGAGGAUUCCAAAGAGUGGCUCAACCUGAACACUCAACAUCUUUCCCCCUGGUUUCAAAGCCCUAUGCGUCUCCCUGAAAACUUGUUGCAUGGAAUGGUCUGGAUCGCCGCUGCAAUACAAAGCAUCGAUCAAACCCUUGUCCAAUAUUCGAUCAAACGAAUGUGGUGGAAAAUUUUGGUGAAGCCUGCGACAGUCUGCGACAACGAAGUCAAUGUUCUCAAUCCCCAUGAGGCCUGCCCUCUGUUUGCAUUGACUAAUGGCAAUUGGCGAUAAAUCCACCGCGGUAAUGUCACUCCAACCUUCAUGUGCUAGAAAGAACGACAGCAUGGAGCUACCACAACCCAGAUCCAGCACUUUACUUGUCUUGGGACAAAUUUCCGUGAGGGUUCCAGUCA